GUUUUUAAGCUCGUCCGUUUUCUUGGUUCAGCUAAUAAUGCUGCUACCAUGGCUCAGCAUUGCAUCGUUAGAGCCUAAAAAGUCGCAAACGUAUAUCAUCCACAUGGACCAUUCACUAAAACCGGAACACUUCUCUAACCAUGAGUCAUGGCACCAACACACAGUUAAGUCCCUAUCAUCGGCUUGUGUAGAAGACAAGGAAACGUUUCUAUACUCUUAUACUCAUGUCAUGCAUGGGUUUAGCGCGAAGCUCACUUCGUGUCAACUAGCCGAGCUUGAGAAGUUGCCGGCCCAUAUAACCACAUACAAAGAGUCAUUUGGAAAGAUGUUCACUACACAUACACCAAGGUUCUUGGGACUGAACCGUGGUUCGGGUAUAUGGCCAACCGCGUCUUACGGGAAAGACGCGAUUAUUGGAGUCAUCGACACGGGAAUUUGGCCCGAAAGUGAGAGUUUUAAUGAUAAGGGGAUGUCCGAGGUACCAUCAAGAUGGAAAGGUAAGUGUGAAAAUGGCACCGCUUUUAGCCCAUCUCUUUGCAACAACAAGUUGAUCGGGGCUCGAUCAUUUAGCAAAGGACUUCAGGCUGCAGGCAUUAAUAUCUCAACCGAGUACGACUUUGACUCAGCUAGAGAUUACUUCGGUCACGGCUCGCACACAUCAUCCACAGCUGCAGGUAAUUACGUAUAUGGUGCUAGUCACUUUGGUUAUGCAAACGGUGUUGCAAAGGGUAUAGCACCGCGUGCACAUUUAGCAAUGUACAAAGUCCUAUGGUUAUCCGACACGGAAGUAUCCGCAGCUACUGAUGUUCUAGCCGGUAUGGAUCAAGCUAUAUCUGAUGGGGUUGAUAUAAUGUCUUUGUCACUAGGGUUUGACAACACACCUUUGUUUAAAGAUGUAAUCGCCAUCGCAUCACUUUCCGCCAUAGAGAAGGGAAUCGUUGUGGUUUGUGCAGCUGGAAAUGAUGCAGCUCCAGCCAGCAUACACAAUGGUGCACCAUGGAUCAUGACCGUAGGUGCAGGCACAUUGGACCGGAGUUACAUAGCAACACUAGAGCUAGGAAACGGGUUGAAUUUUGAGGGCACUUCAUACUUCCCAAUGAGUGUUUCUAUUACUAAUAGACAUUUGUAUUACGGAAGUAAUGACACACGAGUAGGGGGUUGUAAGUAUUUACCCCGAGACCAGGUUAAAGGAAAAGUAGUAUUGUGUGAUGAUAGUAAUUUGGAUCUUAAUGGACAGAUGCAAACAGUAAUAUUAUCAGGGGCAUAUGCUGCAAUAUUCUUAUCUGAAUCGCUGUUAUUGGAUCCCGAAGAGUAUUCUUUACCGGGUGUAGUACUACAUACUCGCUACGCGAAAGCAAUAAAGGAAUACGCAACGACUAGUAACAACACAAUUGUGAAAAGUAUGAGAUUUGGGCUAACUAAGACAGGAACAGGACCCGCUCCACAAGUGGCGUAUUUCUCUUCACGAGGACCAGAUCCGAUUACUCCAAGUGUUUUAAAGCCCGAUAUUCUCGCUCCGGGUGUGGAUGUGUUGGGUGCAGUUAGACCAGAUGUGUCUUACAUCGAAGCGGGAAGGUAUGAGUUAGUGUCGAAUUACAUGCUUAUGUCAGGUACAUCGAUGGCGGCACCACAUGUAGCUGGAAUUGCAGCUCUUGUAAAGGCGGUCCAUCGUGACUGGAGUCCAGCAGCCAUUCGAUCAGCUAUGGUUACAACCGCAACCAAAACAGAUAAUACUCUUGGAACCAUUCGAGACCAAUGGAAUGGAGAGAUAGCUACACCGCUAGCAUUUGGGGCAGGCCUUGUCAAUCCUAACGGAGCGAUGGACCCUGGACUCAUAUACGAUAUGGGUCCACAAGACUACAUUAAUUUCUUAUGUGGUCUUGGAUAUACUGCUACACAAAUGAGUACUAUCUUAAGAAGUAGUCAAUGGAGUUGUGAAAACCGAACUGAUCUAAACUACCCAACGUUUAUCGCUAAUUUCUCUAACCAAACAACCUUGUUGUCUGAAAAGCAGUUCACGAGGACCGUUAGAAAUGUCGGAGACCACGCAUCCACUUAUCGGGCUUCUCUAAAGGUUCCACCUGGAAUGAUACUGGAGGUAGAGCCUAACACAAUCAAAUUCACGAAUAAGUAUCAGGAACAAAAGUUUGUACUAACCAUACGAGUCGGCCAACAUAUUCCUAAAGUGAAUUACGGGUAUCUUGAAUGGAUCGAUGAGCAUAACCACAUUGUAUCAAGCCCUAUUGUAGUCCUCAAAGAUUAACAUCUCUUGAACCUUCAGCUAUUCCUUAUGGAGCAAAAAUCAGAGUUUGGUGACUUAAGCUGGAUUUAUGUUACCAUUUCUUAUUAUGAAUUGAUAAACUGAGUAAUCUUUCAAUGUAGCUUAGAAAUCUUUGAUAUCUCAUAUUGUACUUUCUAAGUUCAAGAGUUUAAUUUGGUAACAUUUCAUUUCAAUAAUGCAUUAUCCCGACUAGUUUCAUUCCCC